CCGGACCUGCUCAUCUUCUCAGUAGUACACUCGCUAGCUAGCUAAGCUGCUAUAUAAAUUAAAUUAAAGCUAGUAGUACUGAUCGAUCGGCAUCGCCGGCCGGAGAUCGACAUGACGACGAUGAUGAAGAAGCAGCAGCAAGCUGUGGUGCUGCUGCUGCUGCUGGUGGUGGCCGCCGGCGGCGCGUCUGCGGCGUCGUGCAACGCCGGGCAGCUGACGGUGUGCGCUUCGGCGCUGACGUCGGGCGGCAAGCCCUCGGCGGCGUGCUGCUCCAACCUCAAGGCGCAGCAGGGGUGCUUCUGCCAGUUCGCCAAGAACCCCGCAUUCGCGCGCUACAUCAACAGCCCCACCGCGCGCAAGGUCGUCGCAUCCUGCGGCGUCGCACUCCCACGCUGCUAGAUAGCUACCUCGCUCAUUAGUUAGCUAGCUAGCUAGCUAGCUUAUCUGUAUCUAUACAUACAUACAUAUAUAUGAUCGCUCGCUCGCUCGCUCGAUCUUAGUCGUCUACGUGUGGCUUGCUGCUGUUCAUCCAGCCGCUCGCUACGUGUGUGUGUAUAUAGACACACACACACGCGACGGAUAAAUAAAAGAUGCAUGGGUUGCCUCCGGGCCGCUCCCUAUAUAGCUACUUUGUUGUGUAUUACUAGUAUCAAUCAAUCCUACUUUCUGAUGUCUUCACUACAUGUGAAAAGCUGAUAAUCUUAUAGAUGUACCUACUCCAUGUAAUAAUUUUGUUGCAUUAUCGAAAGUGUAUGUCUGAAGCCA